CUCGCCCUUUGAAACUAUCUUGAGUUAUCCUUUGUAACUCUGGGAACCUGAAUUCAAUCUAGCCAAAUUCAUCCUCUCUGACCAUUGUGAUAGUGUUACAGAGUCCGCAGAAUGCCACCCGACAAACCCCUUAUUAGUCGAGCAGAACUGGAAAGAGAUGGAAUGGUUUACUUUGAAGGCGUUUUCUCAGAGGACGCAAAUGGAGAUGUGUCGCUUUCCCUGCCAGCUCACGUUGAGUCUUACAGACAAGCCCUCUUAGACUUUAGUUCUUUGGGGCCCGACCGCAGUAAACCUUUCACUCCGGGGAGAUUUCCGGCCCCGCCUAUACAGCAUAACCCCGCCCCGCUCCUUUCCAUGACUGAGGAUGGGCGGCGGAGGAUAGAUCACUGUGCCGGCCUAUCCAAGAGAGCUAGGGAUCUAGCUCCUCCAUAUACUCCGGAUUAUAAAUGGCAAAGCCUUCUGGAGGAGAUAUUCAAAGAGUAUAAAAGCCGUUUCCCAAGUGGCAGGGACCAACAGGCGUUGUUUGAUCAAUUUUCUCUAGAGAAGAAUAUUCUUUGGGAUGACACGAAGAAAUAUGCGGAGAAAUGCCCAAAACCAAAUUUUACCUAUGGAUACCCAAUUAUUAGAGAUGUCCCCAUCGCUCUUCGAUCAGCAGAGCCUGUGACGAAUUUUUCGUUUGAGGUACUUGGGGACCUACGCUCUGCGGGCCUGAUAUCCUCUCCAGUUGGCAGCCUUCAUGGAUGGACGAAGGACAAGUUCACCUUUCUCUCUCCGGACAAGUUCAUCUGCUUCCCCUGGGCGGUGGUUGAGCAGUGCCGUGGUCUUUUCCCAUUCGAGGAAAACUACGCACAUGCAGCGAAUGCGGCAUUAGUUGCUCUGCGGCUUAAUGAAGAGCUCUCUAAGUUUGCUACAGGCAGCUACGAUUCUAUUCCUCCCGUAGUUGCAUUUACAUGUGUUGGAUCGGAGAUCAGAGUUUGGCUGGCUUAUUCCGAAAUAAAGGACAAUCUUUGUCAUGUCCAUAGAAUGGUAUGUAUCUGGCAGCACAGCCUGAGUCAAGACCGGGGUGUACUUGAGACUUGCGUUAUAGUGGAAAAUAUGUUGCUUUGGUCAUCCCGAGUAUGGAAACCGAAGAUUUCAGGCUAUAUCAGCCAAAUACGGCAAUGUAAUCCAGCGCUUUUUUUCCCUGGCUAUUCCCCAAAACCCACGAUAUUAUCGUCCAGGAUCAACUCUUUUGAACCUUCAGUCAAGAGCACACAGCCUAAACCCGCAGAACCAAUGUUUGUAUUUGGUGCUCAACGCCCGUCAAGCUCAAAAGCAAAUAACCCGGAUCCUGCAUCAUGUACCUCGAUAUUCACAUCUGGCGAGCAACACCUAUCUGCACCCAAAGGAAAUGACCAAGACCCUGGACCUGGAAAAUCCCCGCCUGCAAAUCUCAUUGCAAAUACAGCUGGAGGCUCUACAAAAGACGAACGACGUGGGCGCAAACCGGUGGUGAGAUUACCGAAAGUCAAGUAUGACGAAACUCGCGGAUCCGAACAGAAACAGGGAAAUGACAUGCAGCGGGCAUCGCGCGCGGAUCCCGCCACUGAUACGAUAAUAACGACGGAAGAAUGCACCACGCAUAACACAUUGGGAAAUGCUCAUAGUUUGGGGCUUGAUUCAGUACCAGAAUCAGCUGUGGCGUUGGAGAUAUUGAGUGAGCGGAUCAACUCAUUAGAUUUGGAUAAAAGUGUGCAGACCGCCGUUGGUAUUCAAUCAACUGGAAAGGGCAAAAGUUCCCAUGUAAGCAAUGUAACCGAAGGUGAUACCGACAAGGAGAGUCGAGAAAACCCCGCGGGGGGACCUCAGGCGGCCAACCUAGAAAAGUCAUCGCGGACGACAUCGGCCAUCGGAAACUCUGGCACCGCCGUGAACUCAGAUUCUCGCAGCAAACAAGGCGCUGGGACCAUUGAAAAGGAUUUAAACCCAUUGACCGAAAGAUCGGAGAAUGAUCGUCCCCACCAACCCAACAGUGCACUUUCAAAUGAUGGCAACUCUUUGUCCGCUGGGUCGUCCAAGCAGGACGUCCGCGAAGGACGAGAGGAUUUUCCUGAAUACAGCGAGAGAUUUCAAGACUCUCCUGACGAGCCCGAGCUGAUGAUUGGUCCCUGUCCACACUAUGGAGCUAUGGUGGCCGAGUCGCUCCAGUUGCUCUUGGGCGAUGAACUGCUGCGACUCGAGGCAGUCUCGAAAAUUAUCCUCGAACUCCAAGGGCACGAGCUCCUUGAUGUGUCUUGGAGUGUUCUGGAGCUUUGGGUGGCUCAGCAUGCAAAUGUCCCGUCGCCGUGUGCGACACUGGACAAGAUUAUACAGGAACUCAAUGAUGCCCUCGGAUCGCCAGAUACUAUUGUUACUCCAGAGCAGAUGUGGGCAAGCGAACCGGGCACAUGGAAAAAUAUAGAUAAGGCUUUGCAAAGCAUUUUGAAGUCGAGCGAGGGGACAUUACGGAAUAUAUUGGAAUGGGCAAUCGAAUCCAUGGAUCUCCUCGAGGGACUGGAGCUUUGUAAUAUCCUGAAACUUGGGGAGCUUUCUUGUUUGGAACUGAAACGCAUGGACCAGGAGAUCAUUGACAUUAUGCUCGAUUCGGUGGCCCCUCGACAAGUCCUGCUGACGCGGCGGGGCUGAUGCAUUCCGCGGGUGUGACGCCGUAGAACCGGUUGGGAGCGAUGAAGAAAAAA